UUCACAAAAUGGCGGCCUCCGUUGAUGAUAGCAACUCCGCAGCUGUCGAGGACGAUCCUGUUGAAUCAGUUGUCAAGUGUAAUAUAGAGAUGACUGGUCACAGUGAAGGUAAACAAGACCAAUUUCUUGAAGGCAAAUGUUUAUCUCUUCAAGACUGUAUCUCUCAAACCAGCCAUGGGACAAUUGAUAAUACAAGCUUUAGUACAGUGAGCAGCCAAGGAACUACGAAAGAAAAACCCACUGACGACACAGUUUCUUCUGCUUUGGCUAGCCUUAGGACCAAGGAAGAAAUAUCAUCUAAUGCUUUGGCCAGCCAUAGAACCAUGGAGGAGACAUCUGGUGUAGCCUUAAUACAAAAUCUUCUUCUUCAUUCCAAUCUAGUCAAGGUGGAAUCAGAAGCAAAACUGGGUGAUUUAACUUUGCCAUGCCACCUCACUCAGGAUAAAAUUAACAGUCCUGACAUUGGCAAUAGCACUACAGAGUCAAACGCGCUUAAAAAUGAAUCUCAGAAUAGGAAUUGUGAACCUUUAAGAAAUUCUGUACAAGACUCUACUGAGCUAUGCACCAAAUUGCUUAAUGAUUUAAUUCAAGGCAUAACACUAACUUCUAAAGCUAAGGAGGAUACUGGCAAACAUACUAAGAAUGAUUUCAUGAAUAAUGGGAAGAUUUCAGAGCCAAAAGCCAGCAGCCAACCAGCAAGCAGCUCAUUAGUGAAAGCUGAAGGUGAUGUAGGAAAAACCACAGAAGAAAGACCUGUAAGAGAAAUGCUUGUUCGUAGGAAACGUUCAGAAAGCACGGAGACAAGCAGUGAAAAUAAACCUGUCUUGGAAACAUUAACAUUUGGUGCUGUCAAGGAAGAUCACUGUGCAAAGCCGGAGAGUGGUAGAGGAGAGGGGGACAUGGGUAUUUGUCCUUGUGUGCUCUGUGAUCGUUCUUACCCUGCUUACAACAAAGAAGAUGUUCUAGCUCAUCUUGUUUUAAUGCACAAAUUUGUCAUUGCUGAUGUGAAUUAUAUUGCUAAUCUUCCUGCUUAUCUCAAAUAUUGGAAGAAAAGAAUGGAAGAUAAACCAAUCACUGAGUUUUGCUCCAAAAUUGUGACCAACACUGGAGUCAAAGAUGAAGCACCAAAAGAAGAAUUUUUUCUCCUUUGCGAUGCUUUGCCUGAAGAUAAAGACCUUAGAGAACAUCUUCAAAGAAAAAAACUUGAAGCUGUCCUGGUCCAACAACAACGGGAGAGGGAAGAGACAAAGUUUUGUCGUCAGUGUUUGUUUUGCAAACAGACUUAUUGUGGAAACAGGGCAGUGCUGUUUGACCAUUUGUUACGUGACCAUACAUUUCACAUGGGUCAGCCAGAUAAUUUAGUCUUCACAGAUGAACUGUUUGAUUUGAUUCAAUCAAAACUUGACAAUCAGCUAUGUCUCUUCUGUGAGAAAUCCUUCAAAGACAAAGCCAGUUUAAGAGAGCACAUGAGAAAGAAGCAGCAUCGCAAAAUUAACCCUAAGAACAAAGAAUAUGAUAAAUUCUACAUCAUUAACUAUAUGGAAAUGGGUAAAAAUUGGGAAAGCUUACAAUCAGAAGAUAAUCGACUUUUGAAAACUUCUGAAAAAGGAUCUGAUGAAGAAGAUGAAUGGUCUGGAUGGGAAGAAGACUCCCAAUGUAAAGUUGUUUGCUUGUUCUGUGAUACAUCAUUAGCAGUACAGUCAGAACUUCAGAAACACAUGAAGGAUAAUCAUGGUUUUGAUCUAUUGGAGGUAAACCAUAAACUUCAACUGAAUUUCUAUCAAAAAGUCAAGCUCAUAAAUUACAUUAGGCGCCAGAUUUACCAUAAGACUUGUUAUGGAUGCCAAGAGACAUUCUCAGAUAAAGAAUCUCUGACUAGUCACAUGGAACAUUUCCCAGAGCAUCUAAAGAAAGUACCGGAUGCUGCUGUGUGGGACCAACCGCAAUAUUUCUUCCCCACCUAUGAAGAUGACACAUUGUUGUGUCAGUUAGAUGAUGAUGAUGAUGGAGCCUCUGGAGAUGCCCUUGGAGUGACAGUCAUUGCUGAAGAUAUCACAAUCCCAGAAACUAUUUUGCAUGAUCAGAAAUUGAUAAGAGAUCUAACUAAAGCAUAGCACCAGGACUGUGACAUCUGUCAGUGCCAUCAAUUGAACAGUUAUUCAUGACUUGUGCUAUUCCAUGGAAGGGUCUGCAUUUAUCUGUGUUUGUUCACUGUUAGUGUUUUCAUUUCCUGCUGUGUUCAAACAAAUAACACAUAUCUUGUCAGUUUUUAAUGCAUUGUAUACAAAGUGUGUAUACAUCAUUUCAAAGUGAAAUAUUGAGUUGUAUCCGUUGUUGGGAUGAUCUUUAAGGACAUUUACUCUGAUGACUCCUCUGCAUCAACAUUUAGUUGAUUCAUUCUACAAUUGGUUCACAUCAGAUUUAACUUUUUUUUUUCUUUACCAAUAGAUUUAGACAUUAUUAUCUCAUUGAUUGUUAAAUGGUUUCACAUUUCCUUUUUUGUUUUUUAAUCUGAGUGAAUCCUGUAUCCAUCUGAUCUUACAUUUUGUAGUUGUGUGAAUUGUUUACAGAACUUAUCAUUGUAUCAUGCAAUGUUUCAUCUGUUGUUGUUUUUAUAUGGCAUCUCUAAAUAUAUUUUUUUCUAAUUAUUUACUAAAGUAAAACCUUCAAAAAAUUGGGCUAUUCUCAAAAAAAAAUUUUUUUGAUUUAAUUAAUUAGUUCCAUAUACAAACAAAAAGAGUCAAAACUUUUUAUGAUCUUUUUUUUUAUUGGAAGCUAAUAGAACAAAAAUGUUUUGUAAAGUUGUACAUCCCAGAGACUACAAAACUGAAUGACUUACUUCCCAGCUAGGAAACAUUGUCCAUUUUGUUUAUUUAGACCUGAAGCCUCUCCUAGUUCUACCGUCUUUUUGUUGGUUUAUAAUGUCUGCUAAUAAAUCUAUUUUCAUCACUU